CUUUUCACUUUUGUAAGAUCGUAAGAACUUCAGACAGUUUUGAGAACUUCACAGCAUCGGUUGUCGCGCAGUUCUUCAAAUUUUGCCUCGUAUUAACUUUUGCUAAUUACAUUUUCAAAAAGGGAGCGUCAUCAUCAUGGCAUCAUUCAAUUUAAAGGCAUUCAUGGCAAUGAUCUUCGUCUUUGUCGGCUGCUGCAGUAACGUCGUCUUCCUCGAGCUGAUCAUCAAAAUCGAUCCCGGCGCCGGCAAUCUGAUCACCUUUCUGCAGUUCCUCUUCAUCGCCGUCGAGGGUCUCGUCUUCACCUCCAAAUUCUUCACCGUUCGCCCCAAAAUCAGCAUGCGCGACUACGUGAUGCUUGUGGUGUUGUUCUUUGGAGCCAACGUCUGCAACAAUUACGCCUUCAACUUCAAUAUCCCGAUGCCGCUGCACAUGAUCUUUCGCAGUGGUUCGCUCAUGGCCAACAUGAUCAUGGGCAUUAUACUCCUAAAGAAGCGUUACAAUCUCAGGCAAUACAGUUCGGUGGCCAUGAUCACAGCUGGAAUAAUACUCUGCACUCUAAUGUCGAGCACAGAUGUCAAGGACAACACACAUCACUCGCUGAAAGUGGAAACAUCGUACUCGGACUUUUUCUGGUGGUGCGUGGGCAUCGCUUUGCUGGCGAUCGCGCUGCUUGUCACCGCCUACAUGGGCAUCUAUCAGGAGGUGAUCUUCAAGCGCCACGGCAAGCAUCCCAACGAGGCGUUGUUCUACACACACAUGCUGCCGCUGCCCGGCUUCCUGGUGAUGGCCAGCAACAUUGCCCAGCACUGGAGCAUCGCUGUCAACUCGGAAGCGAUGUCGAUCCCAUUGCCCGGCACCAGCUGGAGCCUCUCGUUUCCCCUGAUGUUCGUCUAUCUGCUAUUCAAUGUGAUCACCCAGUACAUCUGCAUUGCCUCGGUCUAUGUGCUGACCACAGAGUGCGCCUCGCUCACUGUCACUUUGGUGGUGACGCUGCGAAAGUUUGUCUCGCUGCUGUUCUCGAUCAUGUACUUUAGGAACCCCUUCACGAUCAGCCAUUGGCUGGGCACGGUGCUCGUCUUCUUUGGAACGAUACUGUUUGCGGAUGUGCUAAAUCAGCUGAUGGAUGCUUUCAAGAAGCGCAUCCAGCGACGUCAUGACUCGCCGUUGCCAACGAGCGUUGAAUACAUUCGAUUAUAGUAGUAGAGUAGAGUUGUUAAGUACAAUUUAUAUUUAUAUUAUUAUAUGCUAACAAUAACUGAAGAGAAAGACAAGUGUGGGACACAUUCAAGUUAACGAACUAAGCGUCUACAAUGGGCAAUGUAUUUGUAUUUAGGUAUGUAUACGUUUAUAUAUAUAUAUAUAUAAUAAUCAUAUAUGUAUAUACUAGUAGAUGAGUUAAUACUUAUGCGAAUCGGGAAAGAAUUCAUUGCGCAUUGUUCUCGAAUUGUAAUAUAUAUAUAGUAGAUGGAAAUGCAAAACGGAGCACGAAAAAAAAUUGAAAAACAUAUGUAGAUAGUUGAUUAAUCAAUAGGAGAGGUGGCAAUAAUAAUAUUAAUAUUAAU